AACGGAACAACUUUGGCUGAACAGUCGAUUUUUGCAUGUGCUGAAUUUCCUGUAAUUCAAUUGGUUACCAUGAAGGUUGUUGCGGUACUGCUACUUAUUGCCGCCACGGCAUCAGCUAUCGAGUGGACCGAUCUUCGUGUGAAAUGGAAACUUUGGUUGCUCGACCCAUUCCACUCGUCGAGUUAUUAUCAGAUGCCACGCACAAAAGCUGAUGCCAUUUCCAAUGACUGGGUUGAAGUGUCUGGUCUCAGUUCCUUGGAUGUAACUGGGUAUUGCCUGGAUGGUGACGGUCGCGUUUGUCUUUAUUAUGAUUCCUACGGGAACAUUGCCGCUAUUCAUGCCGGUAUGCUCGUGAGCGAUGUUGCAGAUAUGCAAAGUAUAUACAACAUGUCGGUGUUCAACCAAUAUGAGAUAAAAACGAUAUUCGAAGAAGAGUACUGGACUAGUACUCUUUUAUUCAUAUCCCCUGACGAUAUUGCAGCUGGUGGUCGCGACGAAACGAAUGAUCUCACCGGCACUGAAGGAAUAUGGUUCGUAACCACGGACGGAUAUAUAACAAUUCCCAGGAAUGUAUCAGAUUGGGAUUCUGCAUGGACGAAAGAAAACUGCAUUCCUGAAAUGGGCACUCACUAUUACUACGCGAUGAAUACAUCGACCGAGUGUACAGCCUUCCAGCCUUGGUUCUUGUUGGAACAAGAUGGCGAGCUGAGCGGUGUCGGACUACAGGGAUUCGGAUCAACGACUUACAAAAGCCGAAACUGGUAUGAGGAGGUUCCAGCCGCCGCUAUCAGGCCCACAAUCCCGACGACCUCAGAUUGUGUCGUAGAAUGGGCUGCCGAAUACGGUGUAAUUUCAAUGCACAUUUACUUCACUUCCAAACCAUGGGAAUACUGGUGUUAAUUGCAGAAAUCCAGGUGCAAAAAUGUUAAUGGCUGAAUACAAUUCUAUGAUUAUUGUGAAACAAUUA